AUGCCUUCCUCCAAGCGACAAAAGGUGGCGCAAACGGGCUCGUCUUCCAAAGUGUCUCGCAAAGUCGAGGCGGAAGCUUCUCCAUCCCCACCAACCGAAUCUGAAGCCGAAUCAGAUUCCGAAGACAAUAUCGCAGCCGAUGCCGAUUCCGAUGUCGAGAUCAAUGCUGACGUUACUGCCGAUGCCACUGAGGAAGUGACCAAGAGCUUCAAGGAGCUGGGUGUCGUCGAGUCCCUAUGCGAAGCAUGCGAAUCUCUCGGAUACAAGAAGCCCACACCUAUUCAGGCUCAGUCAAUCCCUCACGCCCUUGCGAAUCGCGAUAUCAUUGGUCUGGCCGAGACAGGUUCAGGAAAAACGGCGGCUUUCGCACUCCCCGUUAUUCAAGCACUCUUGGAGAAACCUCAACCGUUCUUUGGACUUGUUCUCGCGCCCACAAGAGAGUUGGCGGCACAGAUUGGUGCACAGUUCGAGGCACUUGGUAGCCUGAUCAACUUGCGAUGUGCCGUAAUUGUCGGCGGUCUCGACUUCGUCUCUCAGGCUAUUGCUCUCGGCAAGCGCCCCCAUAUUCUUGUCGCUACACCCGGACGUCUAGUUGAUCACCUCGAGAAGACUAAGGGUUUCUCCUUGCGCUCGCUGAAAUACUUGGUGAUGGACGAAGCCGAUAGACUGCUUGACAUGGAUUUCGGCCCAGCCAUCACCUCUCUCCUCAAGUUUCUCCCCCGCGAACGCCGAACUUUCCUCUUCUCCGCUACGAUGAGCACAAAGAUCGAGAGUCUGUCCCGGGCCAGUUUGAGAGACCCAGUCCGCGUCAGCAUCAGCUCCAACAAAUACCAGACGGUCAAGGGGUUGAUCCAGCACUACUGCUUUGUUCCUCAUACGCAAAAGGAUACCUACCUGAUUUAUCUUGGUAACGAGUUCGCCGGCAAGCGCAUCAUCAUCUUCGCCCGCACUGUCGCGGAGGUGCAACGGUUGUCGAUCCUGCUGCGUGCGUUAGGAUUCUCCGCCAUCCCUCUGCAUGGACAGCUCAACCAGACUGCGCGUCUUGGUGCGCUUUCCAGGUUCCGUGAAGGAACUCGCCAGAUUUUGGUCGCCACCGAUGUCGCUGCCAGAGGUCUCGAUAUUCCGCUCGUCGACGUUGUCAUAAAUCACGACUUGCCGCAGGACAGCAAGACCAUGAUUCAUCGAAUCGGUCGUACCGCUCGUGCCGGAAAGUCAGGCAUUGCCAUCAGUCUAGUCACACAAUACGACCUCGAAAUUUAUCUGCGAAUCGAGGCCGCCCUCGGCAAGAAGCUGACCGAGUACCCCACGCAAAAGGACGAGGUCAUGGUCUUCCAGAGUCGCGUUGAGGAGGCACAAAGACACGCCAGAAUGGAGAUGAAGAAUCUGAUGGAAAACCAAGGCAAGAAGGGCUCGACUCUCAAGGGUGGGAAGAAAGGCAAGGGCAACAAGAGGCGUCACGACGACAUGGACGCUGAGGAGGGCUAA